AAUGACACAAAUAUCUUUGACGGCAAACAUGAUAUAGCAUGAUAGCAGCGCUGAAUUCUUUAUUUCAGACUUUUUUUUCUGACAUCAAUAAAAAUAAAUUAUAUUUUUCGUACAUAUUUUCUAGAAAGUUUUCUUUUUUUAAUGUGUUGGAUUAUCCAAAAUCUGUAAAUCCCCCUUGCCAGGUUGCCUUGGCCACUGCUUCACUCUCACCGACUCUUAAAAUUCCAAGAAAACCCUGCCCAUCACCUUCUUCACUCUCAUUUUCUUACAUUUCAAAACCCCAUAAUCCAAAGGAUCGAACCCAGUUUAGGUUGUAUUCAAUGGCAUCAUCCGACUCAAAAGAAUCAGCUGCCAAUAACCCUGGCCUUCACACUACCCCUGAUGAAGCCACCAAAGGCUACUUCAUGCAGCAAACUAUGUUUCGAAUUAAGGAUCCAAAAGUCAGUCUUGAUUUUUACUCUCGUGUAUUGGGCAUGUCGUUGCUUAAGAGGGUGGAUGUUACAGAAUUGAAGUUUACCUUGUUCUUUUUGGGCUAUGAGGAUGUUUCAUCGGCUCCAAGUGACCCAGUUGAUAAAACAGUUUGGACCUUUGGAAGGCCGGCUACAGUUGAACUAACACAUAAUUGGGGUACUGAAAGCGACCCUGAGUUCAAAGGAUAUCACAAUGGGAAUUCAGAACCUCGUGGCUUUGGGCAUAUUGGCAUUACUGUGGAUGAUACAGUCAAGGCAUGUGAGAGAUUUGAACGCCUGGGAGUAGAGUUUGUCAAAAAACCAGAUGAUGGCAAGUUGAAAGGGUUUGCAUUCAUUAAGGAUCCUGAUGGUUACUGGAUCGAAAUCUUUGAUUUGAAAACUAUUGGAGGAGUACUUAAGGAUUUUGCCUGAGUUAGCGCAUUACAAAGUUCAGGAAAUAAGGGUGGCAUUUGCAGGUUUCACUCGUUAUCCCGGUUUAAGAGUGUGCCCAAUACAUAAUUUCUUCUGCUUUCCAGAACUUUUCGAGAGAGGAAGCCACCAUGAAAUUUUAAUUUAAGCACAUUGUGUUCGAGUCUCUGUAUCUUCUGCUUGUCAUUGUCAACUGUUUCAAACAGACUGCGGCAGAUAAUUUGUUGGUUUUCUGAAACUAAAGUGAACCUUUUAGACUAUUAUCUCGUUUUGUGUGAACUUUUCCACACAUUAUCGUAAAGCUUGGUCAAUCUCUCGUGGCGUUUUAAAAUAUUUUGAACAAAAUGACCAUGG